CACUUUACAGCGUAUCUCGAUUCUGCGCAUUCGUUCUUACUUAUCUGCAUUCCUGGCGAUCUGCUACACAGUGCAAGUGUAGAAGAACUCCAUCAGCGAUCAUGAACGCAAAGACCAACAAACAGCUCCAUUGGAGCCAGCGAGUCGCCCUCGUCCGCCACAAUCUCCACUCUGCCAGCCGCAGCGGCGACUUCCACUUCUUCAAAGCUCUCCAGGCGAACGGCUUCACUGAGGGUACCAAUCAUGUGGCUACUUUGGUCGAAGAAAUCGGGGACGACGCGGAUGUUGUUCUCGCAGCCAUGGACGACCUGAACUCCGGCUUGGCUUACAGCCACCAAGACGCCUUCAAAAGCGUUUACGACAAUCUCAAGGAUGGCUUGCGCGAGGGUGACAUGCCGACAAUCAAAUUCAGCCUCUAUGUCGACAUCGCCAUUCAGAAGAGUGUAGCCGACAUGGCCAUUGACAAAAUGGCCUCGUCAGCUUUGGCUUUGGUCCAACAACAGCCUGUCUCCGCCCAAGAAGCCGCCGCCAACAUCUGGAUCACCGGUGCUACGGUGGUCGCGGACUGUCUGGAGGUCUCGCUCAAAGAAAUGGACAGCAUCGAAAGCAAAAUGGACGACUUUAUCCGCCUCGAAGCCAGCUGGAAUACCGUCAAGGCCUCGGCCAUCUGCGCCGUGACCGUCCUGAAAGGCAUCUUCCAUCUCAUGGACUCCAGCAGCCCCCAAGACACGCCCAAAUCCCAACGAUCCUCCAGCAUCGUGAGUGCAAGCGGUGUCAUGCUCCGUCGCUUGUCCAACGCCUUCGCCGGCUCCACCACUAGCAGCAGCAGGAAUUCCAGCGUGGUCUCUACGCACGCACCAGUGACGGGCGCGCACGCCGGGAACUCCUCGCUCAGCUCCAACAGCAACGGGCCUGUCUACUGUACUCCAAACUACAUGCGCGGCAGUGGCAGCUCGACUCAGAGCUUCCCGAGCAGCACCGAGUUCAAGCAGCACAGACUCGACACCAUCCCUCAUACGCCUGGCUCUGGGCCGGCUGUGGACGAUCACCCGGAUCCGUUUGAUACCAGCGUGCCUCUACCUGAGUUGCCGGCGAUGCCCGUUGCUCCGCUGCCGACGAUGAGUCUGGAGCCGAGAAUGUUUGUUCAGACUGCUUUCUAAGGGGGAAUCACGUCAGAGUGGAUUGGAUGGGGGGAUGCAAGGUCAUUCGUUCAUGCCGAAAAGUCUACACAUGCUUUCAUAUAUGAUCGUUUCAUAAGCACACAUCUCAA